CCAGUGUCUUGGCUUCGAAGAAACCUGCUGUGCUCCUUACUUUGCGUGGUGUUAAUACUGAUAGCGGAAAUGUCUCCAAAGAAGCUUCGUUUGAGGGAAUCAGCCAAUUUAAUGUGAACAACAAAAUCCUUCAUCCUGAAAUUGCAGAAUGUCGUGUGAUUAAGACAGACAUGGAGUUGGAAGUUCUGCGCUACACCAAUAAAAUCUCCAGUGAAGCUCAUAAAGAGGUAAUGAAGGCAGUAAAAGCGGGUAUGAAAGAAUACGAGAUGGAGAGCCUGUUCCAGCACUUCUGCUAUGCUCGAGGUGGCAUGCGCCACACUUCCUACACUUGCAUCUGUGGCAGUGGAGAGAACUCGUCUGUUUUGCACUACGGUCAUGCUGGAGCCCCGAAUGACAAGACUAUUGAAGACGGAGACUUGUGCCUGUUCGAUAUGGGAGGAGAGUAUUACUGCUAUAGCUCCGACAUCACCUGCACCUUCCCUGCAAAUGGAAAAUUCACUCCUGACCAGAGGGCUAUCUAUGAAGCCGUGCUGAAGUCAUCGCGGGCUGUAAUGAAAGCAGUCAAGCCAGGGGUCGCCUGGCCUGAUAUGCACCGUCUGGCUGACAGAGUCCAUCUGGAGGAGUUGACUAAAAUUGGCAUUCUGAAAGGCAAUGUAGAUGACAUGGUGAAGGUUCAUCUGGGUGCAAUAUUUAUGCCACACGGACUUGGACAUCUACUUGGAAUCGAUGUGCAUGACGUUGGAGGCUACCCAGAGGGAGUGGAGCGCAUUGACCUACCAGGGCUCAGGAGCCUGCGCACCACCCGCAGCCUGGAGCAGGGCAUGGUGCUGACCAUCGAGCCGGGCAUCUACUUUAUCGACCAUCUCUUGGACCAAGCCCUCCGUGAUCCCGCGCAGUCCUGUUUCAUCAACAAUGACGUCCUGCAGCGCUUUAGAGGAUUUGGUGGGGUUCGGAUCGAGGACGACAUUGCAGUGACAGCCAGUGGAAUGGAGCUGCUAACGUGCGUCCCACGUACUGUUGAAGAAAUAGAGGCUUUCAUGGCAGAAGGCCAAAGCAAUGCCAAGUCAUUUGACUGCCUCUCCAGUCAAAAGCAGUAAACUUCAGGGUGAUACUUACGGUCUCACGCUAAUCAGUCAUCGUUCUGAUUUAAUGCUGCAGCGUAUAAAAUAAAAUGCAUCCAAUUCUUAAUAGCAAGAGAGGCAGGCAGGCUAUUAGCUGGAAUGAUUCAUUCAUUAAAAAUGGAGGUAGAAAGCUUCAGCACUUGAUAUCCUGGUAACUCAAAUGCUGCUUCUUGCAAUCAGCAGUUUACAUUACCAAGUGCCACCUGAAUAACCCAGCGGGACUUAUCCCUCUGUCAAAUCUCAGCUUAGACAUAUCUUGCAAUUAAAUCUGAAUUUUCAUGAUUGGGACUCUUUAAAAUACCAACCAAAUGGAUUAUCUGAAAGCUGUCAGCAAUUGUAACAAUCUAAGUCCUUUACUAAACUUCAUCACAAGUACUGCGAAAAAGGUACAAGAAGAAUCAGCUGUUCUGGGUGGGCAUAAUGACACUUAUAUUUUUCUUACGGAUCUUAUUUCAGUGUCAAUGAAGUAAGCAGAAUCAAAUUUUUAUUAAAGUUCAUCCGUG